AAGUUUGUUCACAAAAUAAAAUGUCAAUAAAUUAUGUCGGCGCAUUUUUGAUGCAUCAAACUUCAGUAAUAGCAGCAACAACAACAACAACAGUCAUAAAAGCAAUAGCAUAAAAGCAAUAACAAUAACAAAACUUUAAGUUAUGCGCCAUAUUACCAGCGCAUCUAAUCGCCAAUAAAAGUGCCUUAACUGCUCAUGCACUGUACGCUUCCGCUAGCAAUGAUUUUGCUUUGUCGUUUUUCCUUGUCGCAUAUUGCAUAAAUACACAAACACAAAUACAAACCAAAACACAAAUAAAAGAAAAAACAAAAGCAAAAUAGUGAAAAAUUUUGUUGAAUUUUGAAUGAAACAAUAACAAACAAAAAAUAUGAAGCCAACAAUGAAAUUGAUAACAGUUUUUGCAGUGCUGCUGGCAACACCUCUCCAUUUGUUUAUAACCGGUACUUUGGGUUUUGCACAGUCGCUAUAUUCGCCGGAAGAAACUUUAUCACAGAUAUUUGCGAAUAGUGUUGCAAACAGUACGGAUUUAGUACGUGCGGUAAGAGAGUCAAUCAAUAUAUACGAUCUACAUCACAAGCAAACUAAACGAUCCAGAGCUAAGCGUGCUAUAAAACGUGUAUGUUAUGGCGAACUUGGUUGUUUCGAAGAUUCUGGCCCAUUUGCGUAUUUAGAAAUGCUGCCAUCAGCGCCAGAAGAAAUUAAUACAAAAUUUUACUUUUACUCAACGAAAAAUAGAUCAGAUCGCCCAUUGAUGGAGCUACCAUUUCUGAACAUGACAGAUGCUUUCAAAAAUGCCACCAAAACUCCAAAUAAACGUAGCGCUAGUAAUAUCACAACAACCACUACAACAACAAAGCGUAGCGCUUUUCGAAGAUCACCUACCACCAUAAACGAUUUAGAGGGUUUCGAUGACAUGUCUGUGCGUAUAAUUGUACACGGUUUCGGCUCAGCUUGUCCACAUGUAUGGAUCUAUGAAAUGAAAACGGCACUUAUGGCAGUGGAAGACUGCAUUGUGAUAUGUGUUGAUUGGGAGAAUGGCGCCACAUUUCCAAACUAUGUUAGGGCAGCAGCCAAUACGCGUUUGGUUGGCAAGCAAUUAGCUAUGCUAAUCAGAAAUCUGAAGGAACAUAAGGGUCUCAAUUUGACGCGUACGCAUAUUAUUGGCUUUAGCUUGGGAGCACAUGUAUCUGGCUUUGCUGGUUCAGAGCUGGCUGGUUUAUCACGGAUUACAGGGCUUGAUCCAGCUGGUCCACUCUUUGAGGCACAACAUCCUAAAGUGCGUUUGGAUAGCACAGAUGCCGAAUUUGUUGAUGUUAUACACUCGAACGGAGAAAAUUUAAUAUUAGGUGGUUUAGGUUCUUGGCAGCCCAUGGGACAUGUAGAUUUUUAUCCAAACGGUGGACGUGUGCAAACAGGUUGCUCCAAUUUGUUUGUCGGUGCAGUAACAGAUUUUAUUUGGUCUGCACAAGCGGCAGAGGAGGAAGAAGGUAGAUCCCUUUGCAAUCAUCGGCGUGCAUAUAAGUUUUUCAUAGAUUCCGUGGCGCCGCGUUGCAUGUUUCCGGCAUAUCCAUGUGCGAAUUAUGACGAUUUCUUGAAGGGAAAGUGCUUUCCAUGUGCUCAAGAUGAUGAGGAGUUAGAGGAGGGUAUACCACGGUGUGGUAAUAUGGGCUACUACGCCGACCGUUCUACAGGUAGAGGGCAGUUAUAUUUGGUGACUCGUGAGGAAGAACCAUUUUGUGCACAUCAAUUCCAACUGCAAAUAUUUAAUUCAUUUAAUGACUUACCUUUGCGCACCAUUGGUCGACUUGAAGCUACACUAGAGGGUGACGGAGGCUUAAAUGAAACUUUUCAAAUAUCAGAAAAAGAUGACUCUGAAUUCUACGCCGGUGACAUUAUAUCCAAAAUAAUAGUACCACAUCCAGCUUUAGGCUUUCCCACUACAUUGAGCUUGCAUUACAAAUCUUAUAGUGGAUGGUUGUCGAAAGGUUUACCACAUUGGGAUAUUGAUAAAGUGAUACUUACGGAUAGCUUUGGACGUAGUCACUCUCUAUGUAAGCCUUCCACAAAACUAUCAUCAGGCAAUCCAGUGCGCAUAAAACUGUUGUCUGGUAAUUGUGAAUUGGAAAAUCAAGAUGAAUAUGGUGCAUAUACUACUUUGCCACCAACUGAUAUACCGGAUUCAAAUGGACAGGAAAGUGUAGAUGUGCUCGAAACAGAUGGUGUUGAAUCAGUUAAGCAGCGAAAGGAUAUUUUUAAUUUGGGCACAAGCUUCAAACUAAAUGAUAACGAUACUUUUCCACUAGAGGACACACAAGACUUACCCUGGCAACCUAUACUAGAAGGUAAUUCUUUAGACAAGGAUACAGGAGAAUCAAGUCGUAGUUUGUCUGCUGAACCAACAGAAAUUUUCGAACCAGUAUUGCAGGAUCGUCGCCUAAUGCUUGAUCGUGGGCGUAAUAUUCAAGACUUCAGCACCACUGAAGAAAUAAGAGAACCUGUUCUAAAAGCAACAACGCCCCGUAUUAAGAAGGCAAAAGAAAUUAUCUUUACAGAGGGACCACAGAUAUCACAGAAAUCAGAUGUAGUAAAAAUUACACCUUUUUCGUUAACGGGAAGAGCAGAUAAACCAAAAAUCACAGCACAAGCUCAGGGUGAACCAUUAACAGUUCAGCUAUUUCCUUUCCGUUUAGGAGAUCUGCUUAAGAGUGCAGAACGUUAUGCACGUGAAAUGUUGUUGCCAUUAAUUUCAAUUCAGGCACCAAGAUUUUUUGGAUUCAAUGUGCCUAGUGAAAGUUUGAGAGAAGAACCUCGUAAACCGCGUUAUAUACCACGUUUUGAAGAAGUCACUUUUCUUAACUCCACUGAACUGCCUAACAAGCAAAAACAAAGCAGGAAGCAGAAAUCAAACCACGAUCUUGUGGCAGCGGAAUCACAAGAACAGCGGAAUAUUUUUGCACUCAUGCGUGUUCCAGAUACCGAACAGAAGAAGACGCAUCAGCGACGAUCGUUCGAUGAUGUCAACUACUACACAAAUGUGUUAUUGACAGAGUCGCGUGCAUUGCGACCGGAAAGUCCGGAAUAUCAACCGGUGUUUAUAGAUCUACCAACAUACAGACCACCAAAAGCCAGAAGUUUACGUUCUCCAUUAAGGAAUAUACGCCAACCAUAGCAGGAAGCAAUCGUUUUCGAUUGUUGCUACUUCAUUAAAAGUGAUAAAUAAGCCAGAAAAAGAUGCUUUUUUAUUUAAACCAAAUUUUUAUUUGAGGUUUGAUUUUCAUUUCGGUAUUAACUGAGCUAACAAAUUGCCGAGCAAUUUGAUAUGCAACGCAAAAUUAUUGUGAUCUAGUCUGGCGACAGAUUUUAUAUUCAUCGUUUUAUUCCUGGAAUACACAGAAUUUAAGUCCUCAUCGUAGUUUAUCUCAUUAUGUGAUUCGCCAUUUACGACUUCAUACAUAUGCACCUCUACGUUAAGGUUAAAUAUUUUUACUAAAUGAACAAUUUUGUAUUUAUUCAUUUAUUUAUUAUCCUUAUUAGCUUUACUGUAUAUAUGUAUUUACAAGAGUUAUGUGUACAUUAAAUGGAUUCUUUUAAAGAUUCUGUAAGAUGUUAGUGAUAAGAUAUUUUUACUAUAAUAUUUUUAUUUAAAAAAAUAUAAUAAAAUGUAU